UCUAAUAAAAUACAUAAUUAAAUGAGUAGAGUAAACCUCAUUGAAAAGAACUCUGAUUCUGAGUUAGUUCGUUAGGGAGAGGAAGAAGACUUCAAAAAUUUAUUUAAGCUUGAUAAUAUUCGAGAGGGUGUUUCGUUAGGACUGGUGUAAUAAUUAGGGGGAGAGUAAGGAUUGGCGAAAAUAUUUUAAGUUGAUUUGAAGGUAUUAUUUAAUUUAUAAGUAUAGAGAGGUGUACAAGACGAAGAACAAGCGAGUACCCUUAGAAACAGAUAUGGGGCUAAUUUACCUAUUGUAAAAGAAUUAACACCUUUAUGGAAAUUAAUAGUAGAGUGUUUGGGUGAUACAAUGCUGCAAAUCUUGAUUGUUGCUGCAAUUGUAUCAACCAUAUUGGGGAUUAUCGAGGGUGAGGGUGGAUGGUACGAGGGGUAAACUUAUGAUCAAAUAAGUUAGCUUAACAAUAUUUUUGGCAAUCUUCUUGAUCAUAGGAAUUACGGCAGGCAAUAACUAUGCGAAAGAGAGAUAAUUUGCUAAAUUAUAAUCAAAACUUGACGAGGGACACGUGUAGGUAAAGCGAGGAGGAAGUGUAAUAACAAUUAGCAAUAAGGAUCUUGUCGUUGGUGACGUCUUAUUGUUUUAAUUAGGAGAUAUUUUCAAUGUGGAUGGUGAGUAUAAAAUUUGAUUUUAGGAUUGUAUUUGAGUGGCAGUGAAGUGAAGAUAGAUGAGUCAGCAAUGACAGGGGAGUCUGAUGAAAUGUUGAAGGCACCAUUCGAUGUAUGUUUGAAGGAUAAGAAGGGCAAAUCUCCUUUUUUGAUGUCAGGAACUAAGGUUAAUGAGGGAACAGGAGUUAUGUUGGUUUUGUAAGGUAAUGAUAUAAAACAUUAAAUUAGUGGGCGAGAAAACAGUGCAGAAUGAAAUGAAGAGACUUGGUGAAAGUGAUAGUACACCAACUCCUUUGUAAGUGAAAUUAGAAGCAGUGGCAGAAACAAUAGGUAAAGUGGGUGUUAUUGUGGCAAUAUUAACAUUCGUAAUACUCCUGGUUCGACUAUUCAUAGAAUAUGGAUAGAAUGAUGAAUAAACAUUUUGGGAAUAAUUUUGGCAUCUUGAUUGUCUCCAAAAAAUACUUAAGUUUUUCAUGAUUGGUGUUACUAUUAUUGUUGUGGCUGUUCCAGAGGGACUACCUUUGGCUGUUACGAUCACCUUGGCCUUUUCUGUGAACAAAAUGAAAGAUGAAUAAAAUUUAGUUAAGACUCUUGCCUCUUGUGAAAUUAUGGGAGGAGUCAACAAUAUUUGUAGUGAUAAAACUGGUACUCUGACCUUGAAUACAAUGCAAGUCAAUUCAAUCUUUUGCUAUGGUUCUAAUUACAAAGACUAUCAGUUACUUUAGAUCAAAAAUCUAGAAAAAGAUUAUUUAGAUCUCUUAGCUGCCAGCAAUCUCUACAAUUCAAGUGCAUAUCCAAAAAGAGGCAUUAAUGGAAAGUUUGAAUAAAUAGGAAACAAAACAGAAUGUGCUUUGAUAGAGUUUUGUGAUAUGUUAGGUUAUUAACUUUCUAGUUAUAGACCAUCUGAUAAUAUACUGAGAGUGAUUCCGUUAAAUUCAAAGAGAAAAAUGAUGAUUUCUCUUGUUCAUCAUAAUAAUAAGAUAUAUUUGUUUACCAAGGGUGCACCUGAAAUGGUUUUAAAAAAGUGCUCUAAAUUUAUCAACUCAAAUGGAGAAGAGGCUAAAUUAACACCUUCAGAUACCAAUAACAUGUUAUAAAUAAUAGAAGAUUAUGCUAGUCAAGCACUCAGAACAUUAGGAAAUGCAUACAAAAUAUUAAAUUACCAUCUUGAAUAUGAUUUUGAUUCAAUACCAGAAGAAUAUCUUUUAACCGAUUUAACCUUAAUAAAUAUAGCUGGAAUUAAAGACCCUGUGAGACCAGAUGUUCCAAGCGCUAUUUAAUAGUGUUAUAGAUCAGGAAUAAUAGUCAGAAUGGUAACAGGUGAUAACAUUAAUACAGCAAAAGCUAUUGCAAGAGAUUGCAAAAUUUUAGGACCAGAAAGUGACUUACAUGAAUACGAAGCCAUGGAAGGAUCUUAAUUUAGAUAACUGACAGGAGGUUUGAAUAAAGUGAUUAAGGAUGGAGCUGAAGUACAAGAAGUCAAGAAUCUCUUGAAAUUUUAAGAAAUUGCAGUUCAUUUAAAAGUAUUGGCAAGAGCAACUCCUGAGGAUAAAUUUAUAUUAGCAACAGGAUUGAAAUAAUUAGAUAAUGUGAUUGCAGUGACUGGAGAUGGAACCAAUGAUGCUCCUGCUUUAAGAAAGGCUGAUGUCGGAUUUGCUAUGGGUAUCACAGGAACUGAUGUUUGUAAAGAUGCUGCAGACAUCAUUUUAUUGGAUGACAAUUUUAGUUCUAUCAUCACUGCAUGCAAAUGGGGAAGAAAUAUUUAUAAUUGUAUUCGUAAAUUCAUCUAAUUUUAAUUGACUGUCAAUGUUGUGGCUCUCUUUAUGAGUGUGCUUGGAGCAGCCGUAACAAAGGAGGCUCCUUUAACAAGUAUACAAAUGCUGUGGGUGAAUCUAAUCAUGGAUACUUUUGCAUCCUUAGCUUUGGCUACUGAACCUCCUAGUGAUAGACUGUUAAAUAGGAAACCUUAUGGUAAAAGAGAAAGCAUCGUCAAUUCAAUUAUGUACAGAACAGUAAUUGGAGCUAGUAUAUAUCAAAUUGCUAUUUUGUGUCUAAUCUUGUUUAUUCCAGAUAGAAUAUUUGAUUUCGAUGACUCCUUGGAUAAGGAAUACGAAGACAGACCAAUAUAGAGAUUAACGAUGUUCUUUUAAACCUUUGUUUUAAUGUAAAUUUGCAAUUCGAUCAGCUGCAGAAAAUUAGAUGAAGUAUCUCUUAAUCCUUUUAGUGGAUUAUUCAACAAUUCCUUAUUUUGGUUGAUAAAUUUAAUUGAAGUAGCAGUGCAAUAUCUGCUGAUUCUAUUUGGAGAUAAAUUCGCAGUUGUAUGUGAAUUAUCUGUCUGGUAACAUAUAUUCUGUUGGAUAUUUGCAUUGGGUGGCAUGAUUGUAGCCAUAUUUGUAAGGACACUGCCUUCUAGAUGGUUUAAUGGCAUCAAUAUCUUUGCAGAGGAGGAAAUUGAAGAAGAGAAAUUAGAUGAAACUAUUGCCAGUAAAUUACGUCGUAAGAGUAGUAUAAGAAUUGGAUCAGUGUAUGAUGAGAAUCACGAGAACAAAAGAUCAGUAUAAAAGAGACUAUCAGUCUUUAAAGAAUGA